AUGCGGAUUAACGAACACACUUGCGUCUCCACGACGAAGGUGGUCCUGGUGCCCUACUCUACACACCAUGUGCCCAAAUACCAUGGAUGGAUGAAGGAUCCUGACAUCCAGGAAGCCACGGCCUCUGAGCCCUUGACGUUGGAAGAAGAAUACGCCAUGCAACGCAGCUGGCGUGACGACGCGGAUAAAUUGACCUUCAUCAUCUGUCGGCCACACCACCGUGACGGCGUGGGUCGUCGCGAACAGCAGUCACAUGCGCAGGCAGAGGAAGGAAAAGACCCGCUCGAUCGUCAAUAUCGAUGCGAGAUUGACGCCAUGAUCGGGGACGUGAACCUCUUCAUCUCCACUGCCGACGACGACUCUGGGCACGGCGGCGAGAUUCUGGUCGGGGAACUCGAACUCAUGAUCGCGGAAGCCGCCCACCAGCGCCAGGGUUACGGCCGCGCCGCGCUCCUGGCGUUUCUGAAGUACAUUGUGCACUACGAGUCCGAGAUCCUGGCCGAGUUUCAGCAAGCGGCGGGCGACAACCACGACGCCCAGCACCACCGUGGACCUGUUGCUGCUGCUCCGACGCUCGAUAGCGACCGGCACCGUUUCGACCACCUAUCCGUGAAAAUCGGCCGCACGAACUCGCGGAGCAUGGCGCUCUUCGAGAGCCUGGCGUUCCGCAAGACGAGCGAAGCACCCAGCUACUUCGGGGAAUACGAGCUGCGCCUGUCGCGCGCGGGGCUGGGGGAUUUGAUCGUGCACGUCGAGGCUGAUGAUCCGGCCGCAGCGCGCCGGGGAUUACUUACGGGUUAUUGUGAGGCGGGAUAUGCGUGCUGUUAA